UUCCAGCAUCUCAGGGUCUGAUUCAGAGAGCUCUGAUGCAAGCAGUGAGUCGGAAUUGCUGCCCUCUGCCAGCGACAGCCCUGGGACCCCCCAGACCCCCCGCUCCCACAAGGUGCUGCUCCGCAAUGCAAAGGGCCAGCUCAUCUCUGCCUACCGCUGCGUGCUGGACACCGGGAAGGGUGGCAGCAAGGAGCCAGCAGAGCUGACAGCAUCACUGCAGAGCCUCGGUGCGAGCACGUGCUGGAUUGUGCUGAUGAUGGGCGGCGGGCACUUUGCAGGAGCUGUGUUCCGGGGACCGCAGGUGCAGGAGCACAAGACCUUUCACCGCUACACAGUGCGAGCCCGUCGGGGCACAGCCCAGGGCCUACGGGAUGCCCAGACCCCAGGGUCAGCACCCAGGUCAGCCGGAGCCUCCCUGCGGCGUUACAAUGAGACCGCGCUGCUCAAGGAUAUUCAGGACCUGCUGGCAGCCUGGGCACAGCACCUGAAUGAAGCUCAGCGCAUUUUCCUCCGGGCCCCACGCCACAACCGGGCACUGCUCUUUGGUGGCAGGAACUCACCCCUUAUCCGAGGUGACCCUCGUGUCUGCCACAUCCCCCUCAGCACCCGCAGGCCCACCCUGCGAGAGGUGCUGCGAGUCCAUGCCACGCUGGCCAGCCUGCAGGUGUAUGGGAAGGACACACCACUGGAGGACAUCACUGGGUCCCCCCGGAAGGCCUGGCAGAAGAGGCGGCGGAAAGCAGAGGUGGAUCCCCUGCAGGAGGACACAACCCCAGAGGAGGAAGAGGAAGAGGAGGAGGAAAGUCCUGCAGGGGACCUGGAGACUGUGGAAGUGACACUGGGGACCUUGGACCUCCGGGAGUUUGAAGUGAUGCCCAAGCGAAACCGCAAAAGGAGGAAGAAGAGGGACAAGAAGGUGGAGAAAGGGCCCCGUGCCGAAGAUUCAGGAUGCCGUGGUACCCAGUGUGGGCAGCCCAGCCUGGAGCUGGCAACAGAGCUGCAGGGGGAGGCUGGGGCUGAGCCCCUUCCCUGGGGCGAUGGAGGAGACCCUCAGACCCAGCUCCGUGAUGCCCUGUUCACUGCCUGCAAAACAGGGGAUGUGGGCACGCUGCGGCACCUCCUGGGUGUGCCAGAGAGCGGGGGCCUGCCUGGGGACCACGAGGACAUGGAGGGCGCGCAGCCCCUGGAUAUGCCCCUCUCCCUGCUCAACCAGCCUGUGGAUGAGCGCGGCUGCACCCUGCUUCAUGUGGCAGCACGUGCGGGGAAGGCUGAGGCUGUGUGCCUGCUGCUGGAGGCGGGGGCGGAUCCUGCCCUCAGAGAUGGGCAGGAGAGGACCCCCUACUGCGUCUCUGCUGACAAACUGACCCGGAACGCCUUCCGCAAGUUCAUGGUGGACCAUCCGGACAAGUAUGACUACAGCCGUGCCAAGGUGCCAGGGCCCCUGACGCAGGAGAUGGAGGCCAAGAAGCUGGAGAAGAAGCGGGCGCAGAAAGCCCAGCGGAAGCAGCGGGAGCAGGCGCAGCGGGAGGAGCGGCAGCGCUGGGAGCAGGAGCAGGGAGAGAAGCAGCGGUUCGCAGCCCUGUCCGACAGGGAGAAGAGGGCCCUGGCUGCCGAGAGGAGGCUGGCCGGGGCGGCGCACGACUCUUCCACCUCUGCUCUUUCCUGCAGCCGCUGCUGGCAUUGUGGAGAGUCCCUGCUGGGCCGGAUCCCUUUCCAUUACCUCGACUUCUCCUUCUGCUCCACGGCCUGCCUGCAAACCCACCGCCGGGCCCGGGCCCAGGCCAGCCACACGUAA